CGGAACCAGCAGCUCCGUAGUGUUGUUGCCCACUGGUGAAAGGAGAGACGUAUCCUAAUCUCCAUGACUAUUCACUCUUUGUUUUGUUAGUCACAGCUUCUCCACUUGAAAUGUGAUAUUGCUCUUUCCUUGGCUCUGUUUUGCAAAAAAAAGAUGACAGCUUUACUCUGCUCCACGAGUCUCUGCGGCGAUAUAACGGUCAGUGACACUUUCUUUGUUACUAACAUCAAAGAGAAACGUAAUAGUUUGGUCAAUUCCGGAUUAAAGUUCCACACUUUGAAGCUUGGGUCUCUGUUUCACCUCAAGAAACAGAGGAAGAAGACCAUGAGAUGUUGCAGCGUAGUCUCCUUGAAAGGUUCUGACUUUUCGGUUUAUAUAAACAAGAAGACCAUGAAACCAUCUUCAGGCGAUGAAGUCACUAAGGUUUUAAAGUCGCUUCCUGAUACUGACUCCACCUUUUCGUAUUUCAAAUCAGUAGCUCAGAGUUCGAAACUACUUCACACCACUGAGACUUGCAACUACAUGCUCGAAGCGUUAAGAGUCGAUGGGAGAAUCGAGGAGAUGGCUUACGUGUUUGAUUUGAUGCAGAAACGAAUCAUAAAGAGAGAUGCUACCACUUUCUUGACUGUGUUCAAGUGUCUUUCUGUAAAAGGUGGGUUUCGGCAAGCUCCUUAUGGGCUUAAGAAGAUGAGAGAGUCUGGUUUUGUGUUGAAUGCGUAUUCAUACAACGGGUUGAUUCAUCUUCUGCUUAAGUCUAGGUUUUGUGUUGAAGCUAUGGAGGUUUAUAGGGGGAUGAUCUUUGAUGGUUUUAGGCCUAGCUUGCAGACUUACUCUUCACUUAUGGUGGGGUUGGGGAAAAGAAGAGACAUUGAUGCUGUGAUGGGUUUGCUUAAAGAGAUGGAGACGUUGGGGUUAAAGCCUAAUGUCUACACGUUUACUAUAUGUAUUCGGGUUCUUGGUAGAGCGGGGAAGAUUAAUGAAGCGUAUGAGAUACUGAAGAGGAUGGAUGAUGAAGGAUGUGGGCCUGAUGUGGUUACUUACACUGUUCUUAUUGAUGCUCUUUGUACUGCUAGGAAGCUAGAUUGUGCUAAGGAGGUUUUCGCAAAGAUGAAAACGGGAAGACACAAACCGGAUCGUGUGACUUAUAUUACUUUGCUGGAUAGGUUUAGUGAUAAUAGAGAUUUGAAAUCGGUGAGGCAGUUUUGGAGUGAGAUGGAGAAGGAUGGUCAUGUACCUGAUGUUGUAACCUUUACCAUUCUAGUGGAUGCUCUUUGCAAAGCUGAGAGCUUCGGUGAAGCAUUUGAUACGUUGGAAUUGAUGAGGGAGCAAGGUAUCUCACCGAACUUACAUACAUACAACACGUUGAUUUGUGGUCUCUUGAGAGUUCACAGGUUAGACGAUGCACUUGAACUUUUUGGUAAUAUGGAGUCUCUUGGUGUUAAGCCUACUGCCUAUACGUACAUUGUUUUCAUUGACUACUACGGAAAGACUGGAGAUUCCGUCAGUGCUCUUGAGACUUUUGAGAAGAUGAAGACUAAAGGAAUAGCUCCAAACAUUGUGGCGUGUAAUGCGUCUCUAUACAGUUUAGCUAAAGCAGGAAGAGACCGAGAAGCAAAGCAAAUCUUCUAUGGUUUGAAAAACGUUGGGCUUGCACCUGACUCAGUAACCUAUAACAUGAUGAUGAAGUGCUAUAGUAAGGUUGGGGAAAUAGACGAAGCGAUCAAGCUGCUUACUGAGAUGUUGGAGAACGAUUGUGAGCCUGAUGUGAUCGUUGUUAAUUCUUUGAUCAACACGCUUUUCAAAGCUGAUAGAGUAGAUGAGGCGUGGAAGAUGUUUAUGAGAAUGAAGGAAAUGAAGCUCAAGCCUACUGUUGUGACUUACAACACAUUGCUCUCAGGCUUAGGCAAAAAUGGAAAAAUUCAAGAGGCUAUUGAAUUGUUUGAGGGGAUGGAGGAAAAAGGUUGCCCACCUAAUACAGUGACAUUCAACACUCUCUUGGACUGUCUUUGCAAAAACGACGAGGUGGUGCUAGCCGUGAAGAUGUUGUUUAAGAUGAUGGAGAUGAGUUGUGUACCAGAUGUUUUUACUUACAAUACUAUUAUCUAUGGUUUGAUGAAGAAUGGUCAAGUCAAAGAGGCAUUGUGUUUCUUCCACCAGAUGAAGAAACUUGUGUACCCUGAUUUUGUUACCCUCUGCACUCUUCUUCCAGGUGUUGUCAAGGGCGGUUUAAUCGAAGAUGCUUACAAAAUCAUCACCAACUUUCUUCACAAUUGUGCAGACCAACCAGCUAAUCUUUUCUGGGAAGACUUGAUGGGAUCUGUCUUGGCUGAAGCUGGGAUAGACAAUGCGGUUUUAUUUUCUGAGAGAUUGGUUGUUAAUGGAGUUUGUAGAGAUGGUGAAUCAAUCUUGGUGCCAAUGAUCAGAUACUCUUUAAAACAUGGUAAUCCCUCAGGUGCUAAAACAUUAUUUAUGAAGUUCACAAAAGAUCUUGGUGUUCAACCCAAACUUCCGGCUUAUAAUCUGCUAAUCGGUGGGCUUCUUGAAGCUGAUAUGAUUAAAGUAGCUGAAGAACUGUUCCUAGAGAUGAAGAGCACUGGUUGCAUCCCAGAUGUUGCUACCUACAACUUCUUGCUUGAUGGUUAUGGAAAAUCAGGAAUGAUCGAGAAACUCUUUGAGCUGUACAAAGAGAUGUCUUCUCAUGAGUGCAUACCAAACACUAUAACUCACAACAUUGUCAUGUCCGGGCUAGUGAAAGCUGGGAAUGUAGACGAAGCUCUUGAUUUAUACUAUGACCUUAUCAGUGAUGGCGACUUCUCUCCAUCUGCUUGCACAUAUGGUCCCCUUAUCGAUGGCCUUUCCAAGUCAGGAAGAUUGUAUGAAGCAAAACAACUCUUUGAAGGAAUGUUGGACUAUGGAUGCAAGCCAAACUGUGCAAUCUACAACAUUCUCAUCAACGGGUUUGGUAAAGCGGGUGAGGCUGAUGCAGCUUGUAGCUUGUUCAAAAGGAUGGUUAAAGAAGGAGUAAGACCAGAUCUCAAGACUUACUCGGUUCUAGUGGAUUGUCUUUGUAUGGUAGGUAGAGUGGAUGAAGCCUUGCAUUACUUCAAAGAGCUGAUGGAAUCUGGACUUAACCCUGAUGUAGUAUGUUACAAUCUCAUAAUCAACGGACUAGGGAAGUCUCAGAGACUUGAAGAAGCUCUUGAGCUUUACAAUGAGAUGAAGAACAGCAGAGGGAUCACCCCUGAUCUUUACACUUACAACUCCUUGAUUCUAAAUCUUGGUAUCGCGGGAAUGGUGGAAGAAGCUGGGAAGAUAUAUAAUGAGAUACAGAGAGUGGGUCUUGAGCCAAACGUUUUUACGUUUAACUCUUUGAUCCGUGGAUACAGUUUGUCUGGAAAACCUGAGCAUGCUUACGCUGUGUACCAGACAAUGGUGACUGGAGGUUUUAGUCCCAACACAGGAACUUAUGAACAGCUCCCGAAUAGAGCUUGACAAUUUUACACAGCUAAUACAGUUAGAGCUCUACACUAAGCAUCUGCAGAACAGUUUGUGUCAUGUAAAGUGUAUAAAAUAUAACGUUGUGUAAAUGUCAUAUUAUUUUCUCUGUGUUUACAUGAUGAUGAUACCUUCUUUGAUUAUUUAAGAAUCCUAAUA